AUGGAGCAGCUGGUGGGAGUUCACCAUCACCACCACUCGCUCUCCCCUCGGGCUCCUCGCACCCCGACCCGCCCGCAGCCGCACCCGCACCCGCUCCUCCACCAUCUCCCGUCCAACAGGUUCCGGGAUCUCCACUCCCAGAUUCACAAUCACAUUCACCCCGCGGUCCCCGCGGCCAGCAGGGUGCUCCGCGCCACCCCGCCCUUCUUCCUCACCCUCCUCGCCUCCGUCUACCUACUCGCCUCUGUCACCAUCUUCUCCACCCCCACGCCGCUGCUCCGCCUCCGAUUGGCCUCUCCCAGGCCGCUGAUCCUCCCGAAGCCCGCGCCGCCGCCGCCUGCGCCGGAGCUCUUUGAUCUAGACGUCGGGAGUGUCCGGGUCUGCCUCACCAAUGUCGGCGCCGCCGUCACCUCAUUCCUCGUCCCGGACAAGAACGGGGUUCUCGCUGAUGUGGUUCUCGGAUUCGACUCGCUGGAUCCGUACCUGGCCUGGGGGUGCGUCGCCUCUUGCCCGCCCGCCUUGGAAUGUCGCCGCCUCUCGCUCACCUCGGGGUCCCGGGGUUGCCGUCGCUCGCCACACCGGGGCCCCACCGUCGCUCGCCCUCUAGAUCGGGGAGCCGCCGCCACCGCGCCACCGAUCUGGGAAUCGUCGCCGCUACUCCGGAUCGAGGAACCGUCGCCACCAUGCGUCCAGGUCGGGGAACCAUCGCCACCGCAACAUUCGGCCGAGAGUCCGCCGCCGCACGCGCUCUCGGACAACCUGCCGUCGAAUGCACUUGGGUGGGCGGCGCUCAUGAAUCAAGGUGGGGCAUCAAAAACUAAACACUAG